GAGUCAAUCGUAGCGAAAAACUUGAGAAAAUGAAGCACCAACAAGUUGUGGUCGACUACUGGACCAUGUUGAAGACGUCUGGUAUGUGCUUAUUACUGGCCGUCUGCGGAUUUGUACUCCUCAAAAUGGUGCAGACUGUUUUCUGGCUACCAGGACAUCUUAAGAAAAACCAACUGCGUCUCGAUGAACUGGCGAAGGCAUAUGCCAAGGAUCUUAGCGAAGAAGAACGGGCCGAAAUCGAACAGCUCUUUAAUACCAACGAGCCAUUAACAGAUGACCGUCUCAACAAAUUCCUAAACAAACCAGAGACAGGCGAGCCCAAAAAGGACCAGUAGAAUAAUUAAUAAAUC